AUGGUUCAAUGCUAUAUAUCAAUAGCUUUGCUUUUGGUGCAUCUUAAUAAUCCGCAUUGGCAAAAUAGAAAAAACGACCCUAUUGGCUCGUUGUUGGGCUCAACUCCUUUUGGUUCAAUGACGUGUGCCGUGACUACGGGUUACUUUGUAUGGGACUUUUUCGUAUGCGUUAAGCAUUUCCAUUUGUUUGGUAUUGGGUUUUUAUUUCACGCAGUUGCUGCUAUGUUUGCGUUUACUUGUGGCUUUAUUCCGUACUGCCAACCAUGGGCCGGAGCGUUUUUGACUUUUGAGUUGAGUACGCCAUUUGUCAACAUCAAUUGGUUUGCUUCUCAUUUACCAGCAGGGACAUUUAGUGAGAAAUAUAUAGUCAUCAAUGGAUUAUUAUUGAUGUUUGUAUUUUUUGCUGCUCGAAUUGUGUGGGGAUUUUAUGCCGUUAGUCAGAUGGCUGUUGAUAUGUUAGCCUCAUUGGACCGUGUAAAUAAGCUCAUUCCACUCACGAUAUUGUCGAUGAAUCUUUUUUUGAAUAUGUUGAAUUUAUUUUGGUUUUAUAAGAUGGUGAGAAUAGCGAUGAAAAAGGCCUCUGGAGGCAAAUCUACGAGACAAGCUGCAAAGGAGGCGGAAAAAAUAGAAUAA